AUGGUCAGUCUUCACAAGCGAAUUGCCUCCGAGGCAUCAACCCUCGGGCCUACCAAUGGAAGCACCCGGCGCACGCAGCUGCCCAUGUUGGCGAUUCCUGAUCGUAACCGGUACAACCUCCUCUGCAUGCUAGGCGAAUUCGUUGGAACCUUUUUGUUCCUCUUCUUUUCCUUUGCAGGAACGCAAAUCUCCAACACCCCGGCACCCGCCUCGGGAUCCGAUCCCAACACCUCCAAUCUACUUUAUGCCUCGCUCACCUUCGGCUUCUCAUUGACGGUGAAUGUCUGGGCCUUCUUCCGAGUGACCGGAGGUCUCUUCAACCCUGCGGUGACACUUGCCCUUUGUGUCGUGGGAGGUAUGCCCAUCGCGCGUGGACUGUAUGUUUUCCCGGCACAGCUGCUUGGUGGCAUCGCUGCUGCUGGCGUCGUUAGCUGCCUAUUCCCGGGCCCUCUCAACGUUACAACUCGCCUGGGUGGAGGUGCCUCCAUCUCCCAAGGCUUGUUCAUCGAGAUGUUCCUGACUGCGCAGCUCGUGUUUGUCAUCACCAUGUUGGCCGUUGUCAAGCACAAGUCAACUUUCCUCGCUCCCGUGGGAAUUGGUCUUACCUUCUUCGUCUGCGAAAUGUCGUCUUCUUACACACAUCUUCUCUCGCCAGGUAUCUACUAUACCGGAGGCUCGUUGAACCCUGCUCGAUCCCUUGGACCGGAUGUCAUCAACAGAAGCUUCCCGGGAUACCACUGGAUCUACUGGGUUGGACCACUUCUAGGUUCACUGCUUGCAUCGGCCUUUUUCGCCCUCCUCCGGAUGGUCCGUUUCGAGAAGAUCAACCCCGGCCAGGAUGCCAAUGAGUGGGAGGCUAGUGCCGAAGCCGCUGCCAAGAUACAAUCGUGGACUUCGGACCAAUCUCCAAGUGAUCGGAUCGACCAUGGAGGCGAGACGUAUUCUCCCAAUGGUGCCAAUGCCGCGCAGGGACAAACCGGCAAUCAGUCUCGUGCUCCUGGCAUCACCUCCGGCACCCCAGAGCAGCAAGUUUGA